AUGUCACAUCAUUAUUACAAUGAAUUAUGGCUCGUCACAAGAUGCGAUUUGGAAAAAUUAUUGGAAUUGGAUAGAGAUUUACAAAAAUGCAAACCUAUAAAGCAAAGAAAAAAUGCUUUAAAUCAUGCUCUAACUCUUUAUAUAAGAUAUCGAGAUUUGGUAAGAAGACUCGUGAUAUGUUAUAAUCAAAUGAUCCAAACGCAAAAACGUGAAUUAAUUAAAAAAAUAGUUGAUUGUGCGAUUGGUCGAAUGCUCCAGUGUAAAAGAGAAGUUGUUAAAUUAGAUUGCUCUUAUUUUCAGUGGCCGGAUGAUGUAUUAUGUCAAUUAAAAUUAACGCCAGAUGACGUAAAUACCCCUAUCUUGAUAGUCGAUAAAAAUCAUGCAUUAGAACGUAGAGAGUUAAUCGAGGAGAUGAAAAAAUAUGAGGGCAAAAAACCUCUUGUAAUACAAGAGCAGAGGCUUUCGCAAGUGAUGACGGAAACCGAAGAUAUCUCGUCAAAAAUGCAAUUAACACGUAAAAAAAGAUUCAGACCUGCCGAUACCUCACCGAAAAUUUUAGUAGAAACGUCUGAGCAAAGGCUAGCUAAGGAAGCUCGAGAAGCUCGAGAAGUUGCUGAAAAGGCUUUACAUGAUGCAGUGCUUUUGAUACAAUGUCAUGAAAGAGCUAGAGUUGGACGUCGUAUUGGUAAAGAAGCUCUACUAAUGUAUGAAUAUAAGAAAAAAGUUAAAACCGAUGAGACAGCUCCAUUAAUAAAAGUCGAUAAAGAAACAUAUAGUAAAGCUAUCGUCAUCAUACAACGUGCUUGGAGAAGAUUUGCAGCCCGAAGAGAUAUUAAAAGAAGAAUCAAUCAUUUAGAAGAAUUAUUAGAUAUGACGAUACCAAGUUGGAAACCUCAAGAUAUUUCUAAAAGAGACGAAGAAAUUUUUCAAAGGAGAUUAGAUAUUAUACCGAUUUAUGCCGUAAAAACUGAAAAAAUUAUCCAAGAUGAAUCUAUCAGGUUAUUGAAAAUAGUGGGGCCUGGAAUGAUAGAAGAUAUCACUGAUGAAAUUCAUGAAUGGUUCAUCGUCUGGUACGAUACGGUUGGAUAUUUUGACGUUUAUCCACCAGCAGAGUUAGGUGGUAGCAUUCUGAUAGUUACCGGACAGACUAUGGAUCCAGAGGAAUAUCUUAUGCAACAGAUGCAAAAGCUGAUAGAGGCAAAAAAAAAAAAGAAAGAGGCAAAGAAACCAACGAAACCAAAGCCAAAAAAGGAGAAAACUAUAGAAGGAUGGUUUAUGCCGGAAACUCCAUUAUUUACCUGUUUGGAAAUGGCUAAUAAUGAAUUUAUCGAAAAUUGGAGUUAUCGAGAUGAAUCUUCUAAUCCGUUACUAAAACCUUAUCUCGAUUUAAUAACCGAUAAACUUUGUUACGAACUUCAAUUUGAAAUGCGACUGAUUGUUGACGAACUUAUGAGACUUGAAUUGGAGAAAUUGAACGAAGCUUUGUUAAAAGAUUAUGCCUCCGGUAAAGUAGAUAUUCCUGAGAUGCCACAAAGACUACGAAAAAAGGAUCGAAAAAAACCCAGAUCAAAAAGGGAUCGUUUAGCUAAUAUUCCUAUAACCGAACUUUUUAAUGAAUUAGUACAACAAAAUAUCAUACGAAAUUAUUCAGAAAGAAGUUUGGACGAUUGGUUCGGUGACUUUCGUUAUCAAAAUUACGGUGCACAUUCCGAAUUUCAAAAUCGGUUAGGAGACAUGAAACAAAUUAUCAUGGAGUAUUGCGUAUUACCCCUCUCUUCUAAAGAAAUACAUACAGUAGCACCCUUAACACAAUCCGUUUGUAUCUGUGGUUUACCUGGAUAUGGUAAAACAUUUCUAGUCGAUGCAAUCUGUUCGGAGGUUGGUGCAACCUUAUACGAUAUGACACCGUUGGUAUUGAUUGAUAAAUAUAUUGGUAAGAAAAACGAACGAAGAUUAAUGGAUAUCAUUGGCAAAUUAAGUCGCAUUUAUCCACCUUCCGUAAUAUUUAUCGAUGGUGGCGAGAAACCAUGGUUAAAGAAAGUCCCAUUAAACGAACGAUAUAUUAAACCAAAACGAUUUGCUAAACAUCAUGCAAAGUUUAUCAAAAGUAUCAAACCAGGUGAUCAGAUUUUGUUUCUGACUGUUUCUUCCGAACCUUACAAAGCGAGGGGUGGAUUUAUGAAGGUUCACAAUGUAUUUAUAAUGAUACCUCUAACCGAUUACAAUACACUAUACAUGUAUUACAAAUAUUUAUUAAUGAAAUAUCAUGGAGUAGAUAGAAACAUAGAUGUUUCUUGUCUGGCUAAAAUGUCCGUCGGUAUACCUUUGGAAUUUAUAAGAAAAUCUAUCGAGAACGUAUUAUCGCUGAAAAGAAGAAUCAUGUUGAAUCGCAAACCUUUAUCGCAAACGGAAAUUAUGGAAGAAGUGUGGAAAUACGAGCCGCUCUCUAAAAAUAUCCUUGAAAAAUAUCAAAAUUUCGAAAAGAAUACUCCUCUUGGUAAAAAGAGAGAGAUAAUGUUAGCCAGAGAGAAAGAAGAACAGGAUAAAAUUGAUGCUUUAAAAGCAAUGAAGAAAAAGAGACGAUGA